ACACAUAUUUUAGUCAUGCGAUUGACCACACGAAGAUGAGUCUCCUUUUUGCUUUUUCUAUCUAACCUUCUUCCUCCCUACUUUCCCCAUUUCGCUUCUCUCUCCUUCCCCCAAUUACUUACAUCUCAAUACACACAACCAUCAGCAGCAGCAACACCUUUCUCUCAGCUUCUAGCUUCACUCAUCAUGGCUGCCUCAUCCUUUGUAGAUGGAGAAAGAGGAGAUAUGGAGAAAGGGGGAAUGAUUUUGCAGUCAAGUGAGAAUCUAAAUCCUAUGAUAGAUCCUUCACCAACACCUUCACCAUCUGCAACCGCAACUGCACCAGCUUUGGUUUUGUCUAAUUCAGGCAAGAGAAUGGAUCAAGCUGGCAAGAAAAAGUAUGUUAAGCAAGUCACUGGUCGCCACAACGACACUGAGCUUCACUUAGCUGCCCAACGUGGCGAUUUGGCUGCUGUGCAGCAGAUUCUCAAGGAUAUUAACUCUCAGAUGGAAGGGAUUCUCAGUGGGGAAGAGUUUGAUGCUGAAGUUGCUGAGAUCCGAGCUUCGAUUGUGAAUGAGGUGAAUGAGUUAGGGGAGACUGCGCUCUUCACUGCUGCGGAUAAAGGGCAUCUUGAUGUCGUCAAAGAGCUUUUGAAGUAUUCGAGUAGAGAGAGUAUUGCUAAGAAGAACCGUUCUGGAUAUGAUCCACUUCAUAUUGCUGCCAUACAAGGCCAUCAUGCUAUUGUUGAGGUCUUGCUAGAUCAUGAUUCAACGCUUAGUCAUACAUUUGGCCCAUCGAAUGCAACUCCGCUUGUGUCUGCAGCUAUGAGAGGCCAUACAGAAGUUGUGAACCAGCUCUUAUCCAAAGCUGGGAAUUUGCUAGAGAUUUCCCGGUCUAACCAUAAAAACGCCUUGCAUCUAGCUGCAAGGCAAGGUCAUGUCGAGGUCAUAAAAGCUCUUCUCUCCAAGGAUCCUCAGCUAGCAAGACGGGUUGACAAGAAAGGACAAACUGCACUUCACAUGGCUGUUAAAGGGCAGAACGCCGAAGUGGUGAAACUCCUGCUCGAUGCAGAUCCUGCUAUUGUUAUGCAACCUGACAAGUCUUGUAACACAGCUUUACAUGUUGCCACCAGGAAAAGACGAGCAGAGAUUGUAGAACUAUUGUUGUCACUCCCUGAUACCAACGCCAAUGCUUUAACCCGGGAACACAAGACAGCGCUUGACAUAGCAGAAGGGCUUCCACUCUCAGAAGAAUCAUCAUACAUUAAAGAGUGUCUUGCUCGUAGCGGGGCUCUUAGGGCGAAUGAGCUGAACCAGCCAAGGGACGAGCUGAGAAGCACUGUCACCCAAAUCAAGAACGAUGUACAUAUCCAGCUGGAACAGACGAAAAGGACGAACAAAAAUGUGCACAACAUUUCCAAAGAACUCAGGAAACUCCACAGAGAAGGGAUCAACAAUGCAACCAAUUCGGUAACUGUUGUGGCUGUAUUGUUUGCAACUGUAGCUUUUGCUGCUAUAUUCACAGUGCCUGGAGGAGACAACAAUGACGGAUCAGCAGUUGUGGUGGGCCGAGCAUCAUUUAAGAUCUUCUUCAUCUUCAACGCACUCGCGUUGUUUACUUCUCUGGCAGUUGUGGUGGUCCAGAUCACAUUGGUGAGAGGAGAGACAAAAGCUGAGAAGAGGGUAGUGGAAGUGAUCAACAAACUCAUGUGGUUGGCAUCGAUGUGUACAUCUGUAGCAUUUCUUGCAUCAUCAUACAUAGUGGUUGGGCGUAAGAACCAGUGGGCGGCUGAGCUGGUAACUGUGGUUGGGGGCGUGAUAAUGGCUGGUGUUCUUGGAACCAUGACUUAUUACGUGGUGAAGUCGAAGAGGACAAGGUCGAUGAGGAAGAAGGUGAAGAGUGCACGCAGGAGCGGUUCCAACUCAUGGCAUCAUUCAGAUUUCUCUAACUCGGAAGUCGAUCCCAUUUUCGCAAUCUAAGAUGCAUUAACGAAAAAAUCAUGUAAAUAUAUUGUAUUUGGUGAAGAGCUAGACGAUAUAGUGUAUAAAGCCUGACCAUCAAAUGGCAAACACUGUUGUCAAUUUUAAAGGUUUACACGGCUCAACUCAAUUUGUUCCAAAAAAACCAUUGUCGUCAGAAAGAAAUGAGCAUUGAAAUUUGCAACCAUCAUAUGUAAGUGUUAAGAAGUGUGGGUGUGUUUGCAAGAUGA